AUGACGCACAUUGGAAAUUUCAGUUCACUAGUGGACUUGCAGGACACGGUGAACUUCUCCAUAGAAGAAUUUUUGUUGGUUUCCAGGGAAUAUCAGUCAGACGACCACUGGUUUUCGAAAGAAGCCGAAUAUUCUAUCAUCAUUUGUUUCGUCGUUCUUAUUUUCCUUGGACUGGCGACUAACGGUGUGUUAUUCUACAUCAUAGCUGGCAAAGGGCGCCAUCAGUCUUCGAGAAACUGGUACAUUCUCAACCUGGCAGCAAGCGAUAUCCUGACAUGCGCAGUGUGCAAGCCACUGACGGUAGUCCGGCUUGUCAUGAAGAAUUGGGUGUUAGGGGAAACCCUGUGUAAGCUAGUCACGUCAUUACAGACUGUAUAUGUGUUCGUAUCAACCUUCACUUUGGUCGCCCUAGCCGUAGACAGAUACAGCGCCAUCAUCUACAACAAGCACCAGACACGAAGGAAACACUGUGUCUUCAUUUGUCUCAGCUUUAUAUGGACUGCAUCUUUCUGCAUAUCCAUACCUAUGGUUGUUGUUCACGACAUUGAGCACGUCAAAGGUUUCAACGGGAACGUACUGUAUUCCUUAUGCACAGAGAAAUGGGAGUCAGAAACUGCUAGAACAACCUACAGUGUGCUUGUUUUGCUAUUGCAGUAUCUUUCUCCCCUCGUCGCCAUUGUAAUACUUCAUUUAUUCAUUGGCAGAUUUCUCGGCUCGAGGCUUCCAGGUAGUUCUGCAGAUGAUGCGAGUAUUCGUCGAAAGCAAAGGCGACACAGGAAAAAUAUUAUUCUACUGUCAACUAUAGCCAUUGCUUUUGGAGUCGCAUGGUUUCCGCUGCAUUUUGUCAACGCUCUUGUUACUUUGGACUAUUCUUUGUUUACUGGCAUUGACUUCCCACUGCUGCACGCUCUAUGCAUGAUGUUGGCUUUCACUUCCGUUUGCCUUAACCCCAUUAUCUACGGCCUGCUGAACACCAACGUCCAGCGCGAUUUCAUGAAGAUGUGCGUCGGAUAUAAGAGAUCCAGUCCCAACCAAGAACAGCUUGGGCUUAUAUCAACACCGCACGAGAUUGUCAACAGCAAUGUUUAUGUGUGCAAAACAAAGAGCUGCAAUCACAUGAGCGCUAUCUGA